UGUGCGUGCGUGCGUGUUUGCGCCUUCGUCGCGCUUGUGCGUGUGUGUCAUUAUCAGCGUGACCAUUAUCAUCUCGCCCCCCAUCUUCGAUAAAUUCGAUAACAAAAUUCUCACCGAGGCAUCCAAAGCGCCCCUCAGGGCUGUCGCGCUGGCGUCAUUUCUGGGCGACGGUUUUGCCGCCCUCGGUAGCCGAGCACCACCCGUCAAGGAUCUAAUGGCAUUCGGCGCGGUCCUGCACACAAAUCAGCACAAUAUCGGUCGCAGCGAGCCGCCGGUCGGCGUUGGCGAUCCUUGUGCCGGCUGCAACAAGCCAAUUUUGGACAAAUUUCUGCUGAAUGUCCUGGAGAGAGCCUGGCACGCGUCCUGCGUGAGAUGCUGCGAAUGCCUCCAGCCUCUGACGGACAAAUGUUUCAGCCGCGAGUCUAAGCUUUAUUGUCGCAACGAUUUCUUCAGACGUUACGGCACCAAAUGCAGCGGCUGUGGCCAAGGCAUCGCCCCAUCGGAUCUGGUGCGAAAGCCCAGGGAUAAGGUGUUCCAUUUGAACUGUUUCACAUGCUGCAUUUGUCGCAAGCAGCUGAGCACCGGCGAACAGCUCUACGUGCUGGAUGACAAUAAGUUUAUCUGCAAGGACGACUAUCUGCUGGGCAAGGCGCCAUCCUGCGGCCACAAUUCGCUGAGCGAUUCAUUAAUGGGUUCGGCGAGCGAAGACGAAGACGACGAUGAUCCGCCACAUUUGCGUGGACCGGCGCUGGGAUUGGGCGUGCUUGGACCGAAUGGGCCAGACUCAGCGGGUGGACCGCUGGGCACCUCGGAUAUAUCAGUACAAAGCAUGAGCACCGAUAGUAAAAAUACGCAUGACGAUUCCGAUCAGGGCUCUCUGGACGGUGAUCCCGAUGGACGCGGCGAUUCACAGGCGGAGAACAAAAGUCCCGACGAUGCCAAUGGCUCAAAGCGACGCGGUCCCCGCACCACCAUCAAGGCCAAACAGCUUGAGGUACUGAAAACCGCAUUCAAUCAGACACCGAAGCCGACACGCCAUAUUAGGGAGCAACUGGCCAAGGAAACGGGAUUGCCGAUGCGCGUGAUACAGGUUUGGUUCCAGAACAAGCGCUCCAAAGAGCGACGCAUGAAGCAAAUCACCAGCAUGGGCCGUCCGCCGUUCUUUGGCGGUGCACGCAAAAUGCGCGGCUUCCCCAUGAAUCUGUCGCCGGGCGGACUAGACGAUGGGCCCGGCUUUCCCUACUUUGCUGCAGAUGCUAAAUUCGAGUUCGGCUACGGUGGGCCCUUUCAUCCGCACGACGGCCCUUUCUUUCCCGGCCAUCCCGGCGGACCGAUGCCCUUCAAUGCGCCAGGUGGACCAAUGGAUCACAGCGGCCCCAUACCGAUGGUGAAUGAGUUUGGCUUGACGCCCGAGUCAACAUUUCUGAGUCAGGCGGGCGCACCGCCAAUGCAGCUGCAAACGUCUGUGGGGCCACCGCCGCCGCCGCCGCCGCCGAAUGCCGCUGAUCAUUUGCUGCAACAGGCGGCCACGCAGCAGCAGCAGCAACAGCAGCAGCAGCAGCAGGCGGCGCAAAAUGCGCAACAAGCAAGCCAAGCGCAGCAGCAGCAGCAACAGCAGCAGCAACAACAAAAUGGCCCGCGUACCGCAUCGCCCGAGUUCAUGAGCUCUGCGAACUUCAGCGAACCACAGAAUAUGCAAAAUGAAGGGCUUGUUUGGUAAUAUACAAAACAGUUGGCAACGCGCCUGCUGUUUCUCAAGACCUACACGCAGCGGCAGCAGCACCAACACCAACAACAACAACAACAUGAGGAGGAGUAGCAAGCAGCAGCAGCAGCAGCAGCAGCAAUAGCAGCAAUAGCAGCAGCAGCCAAACCACAAAGAACAACAGUAACAACAGCAAUAACAGAGGCAAGGCGUCGUCGUUGCUGUCGCUGUCGCUGUCGCAGCCGACGUCGUCGUCGUCGCUGCCGCCGCCUACUGCGCGCACACUGGUGCCGUCUCGCUCUGACUUACAGCAAGUCGCACACACACAUUUUUGCGCUGUAUGCGACCGAGAGCGAGCGAGCGAGGAGAGAGAGAGAGAGUGAGAGAGAAGGAGGGAGAGAGAGGGAGAGAGCUAUCGAGCUGUUGCUCGUUGCUCGUUGCUCGCUCGCUCACAAUUCAAAUAAGGAGAAAUUUCGUGUUUGGCUGGCCCUGCCUCGCACCCCCGCCGCUAACCCCUCCCUCAAACCGAAAUGCGCUGCCUUGGCCAAAAAAAAGAGAAGAAAAAACAGCUGCUCGGCUUGGUUUUGUUAUUUUUAUUAUUAUUCUGUUUAUUGUUUCAGUACUUUUUUAUGACUGCGCCAAAAUAUUUGUAAAUUAUUUUUUUUUUUUAAAUCAUAGCAAAAAAAUAAAAAAUCUCUUUAUGUACAUUGAAAUGGGCG